AAGCAGGAGAGACAAGAGAGGCUUAAAUAGCUGAAAAACAACUAGGAGUGCUAAAGGCACUCGAUGUUGCGAAGACGCAACUUUAUCAUUUCACGGCGAUUGUCAUCGCCGGUAUGGGUUUCUUUACCGAUGCGUACGAUCUUUUUUGCGUGUCCUUGGUCACCAAGCUCCUUGGCCGAAUCUACUACUUCAACCCGACGUCAGCGAAGCCUGGCUAACUUCCCCCUCAUGUUGCGGCCGCGGUCAACGGUGUGGCCCUCUGUGGAACCCUUUCUGGUCAACUCUUCUUCGGAUGGCUCGGUGACAAACUCGGAAGGAAAAAAGUGUAUGGUCUCACUUUGAUCAUGAUGAUCGUGUGCUCUGUCGCUUCUGGUCUCUCCUUUGGCCACGAAGCCAAGGGUGUCAUGACCACCCUUUGCUUCUUCAGGUUUUGGCUGGGAUUUGGUAUUGGAGGUGACUACCCUCUUUCUGCCACCAUCAUGUCUGAAUAUGCUAACAAGAAGACCCGUGGGGCUUACAUCGCGGCUGUCUUCGCCAUGCAAGGUGUCGGAAUCUUGGCUGGAGGUUUCGUGGCACUCGCAGUGUCUUCUAUAUUCGACAAAAAGUUCCCAGCUCCAACAUAUGCAGUCGACAGGGUUCUCUCAAUAUUGAAUUAA